AUUUUUUGUUAAAAAUAUUUUUUAUCUUGUUAAAAAAAUUAUAAGUCCUUUUGAUAUAUUUCAGGUUAGAUCAAAUCUAAUAACAUGCUAAACUUAUUCGUACUUAAAAUAAGUCUAUAACAAACUUCGCGUUAGGUUCAGUCUAAUUAAUUACCUGAUAUCUAUCUUAUAAUGAUCCGUUAAGUGAAAAGUCUAGUUUGGCCUAAUUGAACCUGUUUUAACCCCUAAAAAUUAGUAGAGGAAAAAAGAAAAGAUAUAAUAUCUCUAAAAAUGGAUGUUAUUGGUAAUAAUUUAAGCUGCAUUUUAUUAUCUACUGAGUGUUGUUCGUUAUAUUUUUCUAUAUAAAUAUUAUGAGAAAUUCCAGGUGUUCAACAACAAGUCUAGCUUUCUUUUAAAACAAGUUUCACUUUCUUUUCUUUUCUCAUCGUAAGUAGUCACUUAUUACUUGUUUCACAUAUUUUCUUGAACUUGAUAAUGGAGGAAAAGGUAUCCAAUAAUCAGUUCACUAUAAGUUUGAAACUUUCGAAGCCUAAAGAAGUGAGUAAAGCAUGCUACCUAAGAAUUUCUUUCUUAACAAUAUUAUGUUUUCACAUUAUGUUUACGAGUAAUGCUAGGGGCCAGCAAUUUUUGUGAUUGGUAGCCAUCAAAUAGCCAUCAAUGAUGAUUUAAUGGUGUGAGAUUGGUGUGAAAUUUCAUCUAAUGACUCACAUUUAUCUGGUAGUUACAUGCUGGUCAAAAUUCAAUAAAAUUACUGUCUCCUAGACUUUUCCUAUGUUUAUUCUUAUUAUCUUCUUGUUUUCUUUUCCCUCCCUAAUGCGGGAUACUCCACCCAAACUUUUGCAGCCACAUGGAUCUCUAACAAAGGAAGAGUUAAGAAAAGAAAGAAGAAGAGAGGCCAACAGAAAAUGUGCUCAGAGGAAGAGAAAGAGAGAACAGGAAGCAUUCCAAGAGCUCGAAGGAUCCGUGGCAAAGCUUAGAACUGAAGUCCAAUUACUCCAUGAAGAACUUACUAGACUUCACAAGGAAAAUAAGGAACUCGACGAGGAAAAUAACUCCAUUCAAGAAGAAAUUUCCAAGAUGCAUGGGAUGAAAUUAUCAGCAAAAUUUGUGAUCAGUUCUGCUGUUGAUGAAGUUUAGAAAUUAGAAGCUAUAGUUAUAAAUUUAGAAAUGGCUUAGUUUCUGAGAAUUUCUUGUAAAUGUAGGUAAGUAUAUUUUGUUGAAUAAGCCUUUGUUUAAUUAGUGUAGUAAUAUUAAGUUGUGUUUUCUAUGGGUCACAAAUCCAAAUAACCGUUUCUUGAUCACA